GUCGCGCUCGUCGUCUAGUUCCAAGCCGCCACCCCCCCAGCUCCCAGGUAGCCAGUCCCCAGCAGCCUUCUACCACUGCGGCGAGCAAGAUGAUCUCCCCCGACGCCGCCCGCAACAUCGUCGGCAUCAUCGGCAAUGUCAUCUCCUUCGGCCUCUUCCUCUCCCCAGUGCCGACGUUCUGGCGGAUCUGCAAGCGGAAGGACGUGGAGGAGUUCAAGCCGGACCCCUACCUGGCCACGCUGCUCAACUGCAUGCUCUGGGUCUUCUACGGCAUCCCCAUCGUCCACCCCAACAGCAUCCUCGUCGUCACCAUCAAUGGCAUCGGGCUCGUCAUCGAGGGCUCAUACCUCAUCAUCUUCUUCCUCUACUCCACCAACAAGAAGCGCUUGAAGAUGCUCGCCGUCCUGGGCGUGGAGGCGGCGUUCAUGCUCAUUGUGGUGCUCUCGGUGCUCCUGGCCGCGCACACCCACGAGAAACGAUCCAUGAUCGUCGGCAUCCUCUGCGUCAUCUUCGGCUCGGCGAUGUACGCCUCCCCGCUCACCAUCAUGAGGAAAGUGAUCACUACCAAGAGCGUUGAGUACAUGCCGUUCUUCCUGUCGCUGGUGAGCUUCCUCAACGGCAUCUGCUGGACGGCCUACGCCCUCAUCCGCUUCGACCUCUACGUCACGAUCCCCAACGGCCUCGGCGCGUUCUUCGGCCUCGUCCAGCUGAUCCUCUACGCCUGCUACUACAAGUCGACCCCCAAGAAGGAGAAGAACGUCGAGCUGCCCACCGUCGUCUCCGGCAACGUCGGCGGCGGCAACGUCUCCGUCAGCGUCGAGAGAUAAGCAGCCGGCGCAUCCCCGCGUCGAGAAAUUGGGCGAUGGUUUUACUCAGUCUUGCCUCUGUCAUCUAAAGAGUCGUAGCUUCCUCCUUUCCGGUUGACGGCUAAGAGAGUGGUAGGUUUGUCCGUUGUUGUCUUGUCAAGAACCAUAUAUAGUUUGCUGAGAUAAUGACAAUCAUGUCACUUUGCUACCUCUAAUCCCCCAAUUGA